UGGACUACGUAACUCGUAUAACUAGCUGGCCAACCAAAAUUAUAUCCGGGAUGGUCCUGGAAUCCUACAAUCUAAUUACUGAGUCCCUAAACCUGGCUAGACAAGGUUCGAACCCUAUUCCUCAAAAACUCCGAGAAUCUCUCUCCAGGGCAGUUGAUACAGCAGUAAAUUCAAGAGAUACUCUCAUUUUUGGAGUCAAAAAGUCCGGAGAGGUAGUCUUUUACGGAGUAGUUAGAUCGGGAGAACUUGUCUGGAGUGGAGCUAAAGUAACUGGAGGACUUGUUCUGGAACGAAGUAGCAAUGUCUUGAACGGAGUUUCGGAAUCAACACUGAACCGAGUUAUGGGUGUUUUGGAACAGAUUUCUGAGUUUGUUCAAGAUCCCAAGGGGGAGAUCUGGAAUGGAGCAAAUGUCUAUACAAAACGGGUUUACGCCGGUCUUCAGUAUACUCUCGCUACUGUGGUUGAAACAGCGGAGAAAACAAAGAUUGUUUUCCUAGAUUUCAGAACCUCAGGGGAAGAGUCUUCACCUUUCAGGUUUAUCCACUUGGUUCUCCAGGUUGUCAAUAUUCAACGAAACCUUGCCUCAAAUAUUCUCUUGGAAUUACUUGGAUUCCUUAGACCAAAUCCGUCCCAUUCUGGAUCAGAGACAGUUUCUGAAUGUGGAACAGAUAAAACCAAGGAACAAUCAACCCCGACGUCUGAGUAUUCGAUCCCUUAUCCCGAGCAAUCGAUCCCAGUAUCCAAGUAUUCGACCACCCCUGAUGCCGAGCAACUGACUCUUAAACCCAAGUCUUCAACUAAACAAUCUGCACUCAAAAAGGAGCAAUCUGUGCUCAGGCCUGAGCAAACUGAACUUAUACUUGAGCAAAGUGUACUCGGACCUGAGCAAUAUAUACUUAAACCAGAGCAAACUGUACUAAAACCUGAGCAAACUGUACACAGACCUGAGCAAUAUAUACUUAGACCUGAGCAAUCUUUACUCAGAUCUGAACAACCUGUACUCAGUCCUGAGCAAACUACUUCCAUACCUGACCUAUCUACACUGAAACCUGAACUAUCUACACUGAAACCUGAACUAUCUACACUGAAACCUGAGGAAACCACAGUAAAACCCGUAAAAUUAGUUCUGAAAGCCGAGAAAACAGGCAUGAAACAAAGGUACUCAACUGGCCCCACAGAAAAAUCUACUCCGAACCAUGAUCAGUCUACUCCGAAAAAUGAGCAAUUUACUUCGAACCAUGAUCAAUCUACUUCGAAGCAUGAACAAUCUACUUCGAACCAUGAUCAAUCUGCUCCGAACCAUGAUCAAUCAACUCCGAUAAAUGAUCAGUCUACUCUUAAACUCAAGCAAACACUUCUCUUCAACCUUGAAUCCUCGCCGUUAAAACCCGAGAAAACUCUUAAACCUGAGAAAAUUUUCCAUUCUACGCGUCAACUCGAAAAUAGCAAGUUCUCCGUCCCUGAGAAACAAUCCCAAUCUGAAAGAACUCCAGUUCUAACACUGAAACCUGAACCCAUGACUGUAAGGUUAAAGAUUACUGGAGAACCUGCUCCAGUUGCAGGGGAGAGAAAAACCAGCUUCAAAUCAGUCUUCCUCAGACCUGAGAAAUCAGAUGAUCAGGUUGAAUUCUCCAAUGAUAAAGGAAGCAGGAGGAACACGAGUUCAACCUUAUUUUCUUCUAGAAAGAAAACUAGCGGAGUGGAAAACUACUUUUAAAAAAAUUAAUUGAAUCCAUCAAAUGAUUCAAGCUUAUUUCAAUUGGUUUUCAGUUAAAGAAUAAUAGAUGACAUUUUUACAAUCAUUUGAAACAUAAACCCAUUAUAACGUAAUUAAUAUGUUUUUCUUUAAAUAUAAUUAUAAUCGUAAAAUAUGAAUAUAAAUGUUAUGUUAUAAAC